GGAAUCUAUAUCUGGAGAAAGGAGAACUGCUUCUGCUUUUAGAGGAGCCUAUCAAACCACUUGUCACUGCGAGAACCAGGCAUGGGAGGAAUAUCAGAGUACCAUUGAGUAUACUUACAAGAGAGGCUGUGGAAUUCUACUGUCAGUUAUGUCCUGCACCCAGUUUUCCUAAUUAUGCCACAUACACAGCUCAUCUUAUCGAGGCCCAUUUUCGACACCAGCUGUUGACAGGACUGGAUAAUACUGGAGGGCGGGGAGGAUUGCCAAGCUGUCCUUUCCCCACCUGUAGCGGUACACUUUGGAGCAGUAUUGAGGCAUUAUUGAUGCACUACGCGUCCCACCAUCAUGUACUAGAGAAACUGAUGAUGUUUGAGAGUGAACAGCAGUGUGUCAAAUACAGAAACAUGAUCACUGAGCUGGAGUACGAGAUGAAGAGGAUCAAGGAGAAGAUGGAGAAUCUCAAGGAGAAGAUGGAAGAUCAGAAGGAGAAGAUAGAAGAUCAGCAGGACCAGAUGGAAGAACAGAAAGAGAAUGAGAUGAGAAGAGAAGAAGAGAUGAAAAGGGAAGAGGAUUUGAGACGAGAGAAAGAGAAAAGUAUCCGGUUGAUUGAGAAGAUGGAGACUGACCCUAAUCCAGUUUUGAUAAUUGUGAAAGAAGAUGAGGAGGAGGAGGAGGAGGAGGAGAAGGAGCAGACUACUGCACAGGAUGCCAGGACUAUCAUCAAAAUGGAGACUGCUGCUGUCACUAAUAUUGAGAACCAGACUCUCAAAAUGGAGUUUCUUCAACUCAAGAUGGAGAAAGAGAAAUUAGAGCAGAUGCUGGAGACAAGAACGCUAGAGUUGGAACAGCUGAGAGCAGAUUCUAAGGAAAACAAUAAGGAGAUGGCGAAAGAUCAGAAGAAAACCGUGGAUAUGUGCAAAGAAUGGAAGGAGGUGUGCUUGGCUGAAGAGGAGAAACACAAGAACGAGAUUAAAGAAUUAAAGGAACGGAUUUCCGGACAGGGGAAGGAAAUACAAAACCUGAAAAAUAUCAUCGAAAUAGGAAAAUCAACUGUAGAGCAUGCCAAGCAACUUUCAACAGAUUUAGCCAAGGAUAAUAAAAAGCGGCAAUUGAAAGCGGCGGAAUAUGAGAUGCACUGUAAGAAGUAUCAGGAUCAUAUACAGAAGUUGGAGCAAGAGAAAGACGCAAAUCUCAAGGAAAUAGAAAAUCUGUCUGAGAUAGUUCGUUUCCAACAUGAUAGUAUCGAGACUAGGACUAAUGAAAAUAUUCAGCUGUAUGAGGAUUAUAAGGAAAUGACCAAUAAGUAUGAGUCCCUCUUAGAGGGGAUCAAGGGAAAGGAUGCUGAAAUAUCUACUCUCAGGACUGAAGUAGAGAUUGGUAAAUCCUUGAGCAAAGAGAACACAGAUCAGCUGGAAGAGAGCUUGAAGAAGGCCCUGGCAGAUAAACAGGUUGCUGAGAUGAAAUCUAGAAAUGAGGCGGAAAAUCUUUGCAGAAAUAUUAGAGAGAAAGGAGACCAACUUAAGCAGGUUCAAGAUGGAUUGAACAAGGUGACUAAAGAGCUUGAGGAGAAGAAAAGAGAACUCAGAAGUUUAACCACAGAACUCAAAGAUUCAAAGGAGAAGAAAGAAUUCUAUCUGGCCCAGUGUUCAGAACUUGAAAGAUCUGAGAAGGCAAUAAAACAGGAAUUGGAGAAGCUGCGGAAGGUUGUUGAUGGACAAAAGAUCACGAAAAACCAGAUGGAGAAUAUUCAAAGGAAAUAUGACCAAGACCGAGAUACAAUGAUUGCAGAUAUUCAGAAGUACAAGGACUCCAGGGAUCACUUUGAGGCUCAGACAACCAUCCUUCUGACAGACAUGGACCAUCUCAAGUCAAAGUUGCAGAAGGUUGAAAAGAUGGAGGAGGAGAAGAAGGAAAUAAUCAAAGAGCUUGAGCUAGCCAACAGGUCUAAGAACAACUUGAUCAACCAGCUUCAAGAAGAGAGCAGACAGAACAAGAUGAAGUUGGACAAGUUCGAGGAUAUAUCCAACAUGUUCAACAGCAAAUCCAGGAAUGAGGAAGAAUUAAGAAGGAAAUGUGAGAAAAUGUCUGCUGAACUCAAGGUGCAAGGCUGGGAGAUUGAAAUUGAUCAGCUUUGA